UGGGCAAUAUUUCAUUCUAGCACUGACUUUGGAGCUGUACGCUUGUUUUUAUAUUUUUGUAUUUUUAGUAUUAGCGUAAAACAAAAUUUCUAUCGUUUUACAAAUUUUAAGUAUCUAAAAGUAUCUAAUUGUUUCAACAAAAUUUCCAUCCACGUUCGGACGAAGUCACGCAACUGGGGACAGCUCCGACCAUGGCAGCAGCCAGAUCUGCUGCGGCUGCGCCCUAUCCGGCACCUGCUUCACAUCCACCCGCUGGCCAGCCAAAGAGGAAUAUUCUUCCUCGCGUCGCAGGACUCAGCCGUGGUCAGGCCCCCCUCAAAAAGUGCAGAAAUUGACGCCACUGGCUUGGCCAGUACCCAACAAGAAGGCGUCGCCUCAUCCUCAGGAAUCGCCGAAUCCGGCGGACUACACUGAUGGACAUGAUGGUGAUGAUGAAAUGAUGGUGGACUCCAGCGUUAACUGGAGCAGCUGGACGACUUCAUGCGAUAGCUUCACCUCUAUGCAGCCCUACAGCGAUAACUGGAGCAGCUGCAGCUGGAGCAGUACCUCUAUGCAGCCCUCUAUCGGCCGCUUCUCGAACGCCAACGGGCUGCCAACGAUGUUGUCCAGCUUGAGCUCCGAUGCUAGCGCAACGCCGUCGAUGGGGUCCUGCUUGAGCCUCAAUCGCACCGCAACGCCGUCGAUGAAGUCCUGCCUGAGUCCCCCUAGCCUCUCGGCCCAGUCGACGCACUCGAUGGUGACAUGCCUGACCUCCGAUGGCCACCCAACAGAAACGAAAAUGCCCGAAAACGGAAUUCCCGACAAUGGAUGGACUUCGCCGAUGGUGGUGACAGCCAUAUCCUCGCUGCCCAUUCCCCCACAGGUGUCAUGCGGCACGCAGACAGAGGAACCGCCAUCGACAAGUGCCCGAGGGCCUCGGUUCAAGGCCAAGAAGUGGACGACACGUUUGGCCGGGGGACGGGCAAAGUCUUCCAGAAAGGUCAGAGCGGCACUGAAUGAAUGGACGCCGAUGGUGGAAAAGCUUCUGUUGACAGCCAUAUCCUCGCUGCCCAUUCCCCCACAGGUGCCAUGCGGCACCCAGGAAGAGGAACCGCCACCGAAGGUCAGAGCGGCACCGCGAGUGGACGAAUCAGAGUGGGGCAUGCUCAAGAAAAUCCUGGUGGCAACAGUGCAGGUAUUCCUGUUCGUCGGGAUGAGCAUUGCCCUGUGCAUUCCGGAUGCGGAUUGCCCCUCGUUACGUGGCCAAGAUCUAUAAAUUUUAUGUGUUGUGAAGGUUGCAGACCAAAAAUACAAAAUUUAGAAUGUCUGGACAAAAA